AUGUCGACCUCAAGUGACGACCACGGCCCUGGUACCAGUCCUGGCAACGCUUCGCAACUGCCCAAGAGCGGCAAGGACGAGGCAAUCUUGCUUGUACGGUGCCUCCCAACCAAUCAUCGACGAUCGAAUCAGAAGGCGAAGACGGAGAAGCAUUAUGUCAACGAAUCGUCCUGCGCGCGUCGAAAGCUUGUACACGGCGUUCAGGUGCCAUCAUAG